CCUUACACAGAUGCAGUGAUCCAUGAAGUACAGCGCUUCGCAGACGUCAUCCCCAUGAACCUGCCUCACCGCGUCAUUCGGGACAUGCAUUUCCGUGGCUUCCCGAUACCCAAGGGCACAGAUGUCAUCACGCUUCUUAACACCGUGCACUAUGACUCCGAACAAUUCAAGACGCCUCGGGAGUUCAAUCCCGAGCAUUUUCUGGAUGCCAAUCAAUCCUUCAAGAAGAGCCCUGCCUUCAUGCCGUUUUCGGCUGGACGCCGACUGUGUCUGGGGGAGCCUCUGGCGCGCAUGGAGCUCUUCAUAUACCUCACCUCCAUUCUGCAGAACUUCACCUUGCAACCGCUGGUGGAGCCUGAGGACAUCGACCUGACCCCACUUAGCUCAGGGCUGGGCAAUAUGCCAAGGCCUUUCCAGUUAUGUGGGCAGGUUCGCUGAGUACCGCUCCCAGGG